GGGCAAACCUCUAUUUAGCAUCGAACAAACUGUCACCAAAGAAACAAUACAAUACGUAACUCAAAAUGUCGAAUAUACUCGCUGCCAAACUCGACUGCCAAUGCGGCGGAAAAAACAGUCCCAUGGAUUCGGUGAUAGUGCCGAUUACCCAGGAACUGAAGUGCAUGCAAAAACUGAUCAAAAGGGUAAGACACUCCCAAAUGGCCGUGCUUUUCCAACGCGAAGCUGAGAUGUACAAAGAAGAGCUGAAGGCCCGAAAUCUUGCCAUUUGGCAUGAACCUGAUUAUCGACACUGCAAAUGACCUUUAAGGCAGCCACCACAGAAUAUAAGUUUUAAAGGAUCCCUUUUUAUUAACUAUAUUUCAUUUAAAUUUUGUACUUUUUCAAAUUUUUCCAAAACACUAGAAGCAAAAAUAAACGAUGCCUAAGAGUGUA